GUGGAAAAACUUUCAGAACAUCCCACCACUUAAAGGUCCACUUGAGAAUACACACAGGUGAGAAGCCUUACAAGUGUCCACAUUGUGACUAUGCUGGUACUCAGUCUGCAUCCCUCAAAUACCACCUGGAGCGACACCAUCGGGAGCGACAGAACGGAGCAGGACCCCUCUCUGGGCAGAGUGCAAGUCAGGAACACAAGGAUGAGACACCCAGUAAAAGUUCAGUGUUUAUCAGACCAGACAUACUGAGAGGAGCCUUCAAGGGACUCCCUGGUAUCGACUUCCGAAGUGGCAUGGUCUCACAGCAGUGGACGUCAGGAAUGCUGUCUUCUGGAGAUCAGCAAGGACAAGCAGUUGGCAUGUCAUCUGAAGGAGCUUCAGAAAAUAUGAAGGGUUCAGACAUAUCUUCCAAAGGAACACACUUCUCUGAACUUGGCCGUGCUUACCAGAACAUGGUCGGGAAUGGUGUGAACUUUCAAGGGUCUUUGCAAGCUUUCAUGGACAGCUUUGUCCUAAGUUCUUUGAAGAAAGAAAAAGAAAUGAAGGACAAAGCUCUCUCAGAUCCACUUUCAGCAAAAGCUCUGGGCUCAGACGGUGGUGAGGAGAAGAUAAAUAGCAAGUCCUCGCAGCGGAAAACAGAAAAGUCGCAGUACGAACCUCUGGACUUGUCGGUAAGGCCCGAUGCAGCCUCCCUGCCAGGUUCCUCUGUCACUGUACAGGACAACAUUGCUUGGCAUGGCUGCUUGUUUUGUUCCUUUACAACUUCAUCCAUGGAGCUGAUGGCUCUGCACCUCCAAGCCAAUCACUUGGGCAAGGCUAAACGUAAAGACAACAUCAUAGGCAACAGCAAAGAGCAGUCUAGAGAGGCUUCAGCCUCGGUGAACAAAGUGAGCUUGCUCCCCUCCUCUGUGCAGUCCAGCAAGGAGGCAGGAGUUUCAAACAUGCUGAGCCAGCUGGACACAGCUUCUGAGAAAAUGACCCAAGGACAAAAUAAAGAGACCCUGGGAGAGCAAAAGAGCGCUGCCUGGCCCAGCCACAUGGAAUCCACUUUUUGUAAUUUUACAACAGACUUCUAUAAGCAGUUUGGUGUUUAUCCUGGUGUUAUUGGCACGGGAACACAAAAUUCUUGCACCAGUAAUGAAUCCGAAAUAAAAACACAAUCCGAAGAUGACCCAAAUAUUCUGCUCUCUGACUCUGUAAAUAAAAGUGCUAUUGAUGACCUUUCUGACAUAGCUUCAUCUGAGGAUAUGGAAUCUUCCAAGGAAGAAAACAUUGAAGAUGAGGACAUUGACACAGAACCAGAUAUUAUGAAUAAGCAGUUGUCUGCCCUAAAUAAAGAAAGCAGUGAAGGAGGCGACAAUAUACAAAGUGCAGUCACCUCACAACCCACACAAGGGCUCGUAUCACCACUGCCACAAGCUUCAGAAAAGCAGUGGCACAGUCAGAAUCUUCUCUCCUCACACGAAACUGCACAAGAAGUGAUGAAACCCGAACAAGUUCAGGGUCCACAGGUCCUGGAGAAGCAGAUGAACAUGUUGUCAGUCCUAAGAGCUUACAGCUCUGAUGGCUUAGCAGCCUUUAAUGGACUUGCAAGUAGCACAGCAACUAGUGGAUGUAUCAAGAGACCUGACUUGUGUGGUCACCGGCCUUUCCAGUGCAGAUACUGCCCCUACAGUGCCUCUCAGAAGGGAAACCUGAAGACCCACGUGCUCUGUGUCCAUCGCAUGCCUUUCGACAACAGCCAGUACCCCGACCGCAGGUUCAAGCGCUCCAGAGUCGACUCGGAAGCUGCUGGGAAUUUGGAGGAGCCGGCGGCUGCCAAGGCAGGGAGCUCGGCAGAGCUGGCUGAGGAGGGCACCAAGGCCCAGGAGUGAUGCCCAGCGGGUCCAGCCCUGCUCUGCUGUAGCCUUUUAGCCCUGCUUUGGACACGUGGUUGGUGAGGGCUGGCUUAAUAAACCCCUUCUGAGGAAAGGGAUGGCAUGCCAGUUCCCAGAAGGGUCCAGAAGGCUGAAAACAUUCAAAUAUAUGCAUAUGUACAUGUCCCAACACAUGUACAUAUAUAUAUAUAUCUAUAUAUCUAUAUAUCUGUAUUUACAGACACAGAGAUAUCCAGUCAUACCCACAAUGAAUAUAUAUCUACAUACACACACACACACACAAAAUACACACAUUCCAUACGUGUGUGUGUGUGUAAAUAUAUAUAUUACACAUGCAAAAAAAUUUUCCAGCCCUUGGAAAUGGCUGCUAAACAGUUACCUGGCAACUAGUACUUCCAAACAAUGUAGGUGCGAUAAUAAAGUGAUUUAAAAAUGUUAGGAGGUCGUUAGUUAUUUAAAAAAGCAGGGCAGUUUCAAACUUAAAAGUGGUCUUUGUCCAAAAAUAAUGCUCUUAACAGAAAAAUGAUACCCUCUAAACGAUUUAGUGUUGCCUUGAAGAUUGAGGGGCUGUGUUUUCAUUGUUGAAAACACCUUUAUAAUAUGACACCAGCUGCUGUCAUUUGCCUAGCAUAGUAAUGAGAUGUCUUGGUAGACUGCCAUGGUGCCAGUCUGACUGGAGCUGUCAUUGCAGAGAAAAUCAAUUCAAGUGGUGUUGCAACUGCAGUGUAGGAGAAACCUUAGACGGCCCAAAAGCUGGGGUCAGUACUGACCUAUUUUGAAAAGUAUUGUGAUAUUACAUUUUCUUUUUUUUUUUUUUUUUUAAUAUACAGCCAAAUGAAUCAAUGGUUAGAAAAAAAAAUCUGCAGCCCAAUGUGUGAUUGCAGAUUUGAAAUGUAAUUCCAUUUUUUGUAAUCAUCUUGCAGUAUUGAGGGAAAUGCUUUUAUUCUUUUUUUUUUCCCUUGUUGAAGAAGUUGCUAUAAAUAUAGGAGUACAAUAUAUAGAAAUAUUGUUUAGUGAAACUAGUCAGCCUUAUCUAUAGAAGGUACUGGUGAGAAACAAAAUUUUAUUACAUAGGAGGUUGGUAAUUUUUUUCUUCUGUUCUUUACUUGUCUUAUUGGUUUUUUUUCAAACUUCCUUUCAUUUCUUAUUUUUUUUCCUUACACUUGAAUGAAGGAUCCCCUGGUCAUGGAUAAUUUUCAUGUAUUAGUUUUUGUAAGUGUUACAGACACAGUGCAGAAGUUUCUUCUGGAACAAGCCCUUAUAAAGUAGCUUGAUCUAAAAUAUGAAUCCAAGCUUUCUGCUCUUUGUCUCUAAUGAAAAGUGUUUUAGAGGAUAUUUCUUUGGUUUUGUAAAACAAAUGCGUUCUAUAUUUUUGCAGACUUUAGCUUUUUUACUGAUUGGAUGCUCCAAAUUUAGUAAGGUCUUUGCCACAUAGGAAACUUUUGAGAGAUUAUAACAAACCACAUAAAAAAAGUAAGAAAAAUAACUAAAGGUUUAUUCUGAAAUUCUCUGAAUGGCAUAAAAUUUUAUCCUUCUAAUGUACUUCCUUUGAUAGAAGAAAAAUUGGUGCUGUUUAUCGUGAUGGUAGAGAAGUAUUAACUUCUUCUAAAGCAAAAUCAUCCAGACUUAAAAAAAAAAAAAGAAAAAAGUAAAAAAAAAAAAAGUCAAUAUUUCUUUGCAGGCUGGGAGCACAGAGUAAAACCCCAGGGCCUUAAAACUUCAGCUCUGCCUAAAGCAGUUUACAAAAAAUACUAAACUGCAAUCAAUGUAAAUAAAAUUCUUAGCGCUACCCUGAGACUGGAAAAAAAAUCUCAGGCUAAUAAGGAAUACGGUUUGCAUAUGCUGUCGGAAAGGAUGUCAUCCAACUGAAGUUUCAGUUUAAAUGAGGUCACUGUGUAACUUGGACCCAUCUGGCACAGAGCAAGCUGCUUUUCUUGUUUUUCUAGUAUAGUUCUCACUGCCUUACUUAAAUCGAGUUGAUAAACUUAAUGCAACUGUUUCUAUGAUCCUAGAUAAAGGAUUGAAAUGUUAUUGAACCUUUCUGACUGUAGUAAGCUUUAGGAUUUUAACUGCACUACUGUGUUUGGUGACUGUGUCAGUCGCUUGCUUUGUGUGUUUGCGCCGCCUUCGGUAUCUUAGCAAAAAAAAAAAAAAAAAAAGAAAAAAAAAGAAAAAAAAAGAGAGAGAAAAAAAACAAAACCACCCCCCCACAUUCCAUUUCUUGCACUUUUUGAGCUCUUUCAGUAUUCUUUUGUGUCUUCUGAGCAUUUUCAGAUAACGACAGGCAAUAAUUCUGUUUGUGACACUGGAAACAUCUCCUGCUCCUUGUGAUGUGUGUGUUGAUUCCAUUUGGUCGGGUGCUACUGUCCCUAUCCUCCCCUCUGACAUAGCCCUUUUUUCCAGAACAUUUGUAACUUGUAAUACAAACAAGUGACAGCAGCAGUGAUGCAUUGUCAGUUUCUGAAUAUCAUCAUGCUUCUCAUAUCUAAACAUGUCAAGUUUUUUCUCUGUAACUUCUGUAGUCUGUGAUACUGGUCAUAAUACUGUCUACAUUCCUACACAAAGAAAAAUUUCUAUCUUGGAGGAAAUCUGAGAUCAAUAGAGUAGAGGAUUUUGUUGCUAUGCUUGUAACAAUUAGAAAACUUUGUAUUUAAAGUUUAUUCUUGGUCAUUAUUUAUUAUUAUAAUACAUCAGUUGACAGAACUUUAUUCUGGUAUAGAAGUAUUAAAAGUUGUUUUUUCAGCAAUGACUGUUUUCUUUCUGCUGUUAGAAUAAAAAUGUCUUUGAAGCAGUACAGUUUUAUCCAGUGUUUUACGCAAUAAAACCUCUACCUCUGAAAAAAAAGUUUUCCUACUUGCUUAUGUUUAUUAGGAACAGUUAAAACAUUAUUUUCUUCAGCUUUGUCAGAUUUAAAAAGAAAAAAAAAUAAUGCCAGUAAAUUCACAGUUGUUAGGCAGUUACUGGAGUGUAUUAUGCUGGGUGUGUGUGCUCAGUCCACUUAUUAAUCUGAACAAAUCUAUAUACAGUAUAUACAGAUAUAUAUUAUAUAUAUUGUGCUUAAUUAAAAGACUGUGGAAAUCUGUUUUAGCAUGUAGUAAUAAUUGUUUUAUAUACUACUACUUAUGUACUAUAGAAAAAGUCUUGGGGUCUAUCAAGCUUUGAUUUGAAAGUGUU